AUGGAUCCAGAGAAUGUAACUGGAAGGACGGAAUUUCUUCUGCUAGGAAUUUCAGAGGACUCAGAGCUGCAACUCUUCAUAUUUGGGCUUUUCCUGUUCAUAUACCUGAUCACUGUUUUUGGAAACCUGUUCAUCAUCCUGGCUGUCAGCUCAGAUUCUCACCUCCACACCCCCAUGUACUUCUUCCUCUCCAAUCUGUCCUUUGUGGACAUCUGUGUCACCUCUACCACUGUCCCCAAGAUGCUGCACAACAUUCACACUGAGAGCAAAAGCAUUACCUAUGAGGGCUGCAUUAUUCAGAUGUGUUUCUUCAACAUCUUUGCUGGAUUGGAUGAUUUUCUCCUGACUGUGAUGGCCUAUGACCGCUUUGUGGCCAUCUGCCACCCCCUGCACUACACAGUCAUUAUGAACCCACAGCUCUGUGGACUGCUGGUUCUGACAUGCUGGAUUAUAAGCAUCCUGUUGUCUGUUUCACAGAGUUUGUUGGUGUUACGGUUGUCCUUUCGCAAAGUAGUGGAACUCCCUCAUUUUUGGUGUGAACUCAGUCAGCUGAUCCAACUUGCCUGUUCUGACACCUUUCUGAACAAUUUGGUGAUGUAUUUAGUGGUUGUUUUUUUGGGUGGUGGCCCCAUGAUAGGUAUCCUUUACUCUUACGCUAAGAUUAUUUCCUCUAUACAGAGAAUCUCAUCAGCUCAGGGCAAGUAUAAAGCCUUUUCUACCUGUGCCUCUCACCUCUCUGUGGUGUCCUUAUUUUAUUGUUCAGUCAUAGGUGUGUACCUGAGCUCUGCUGGUACCCUCAGCUCACACUCCACUGCAAGAGCCUCGGUGAUGUAUGCUGUGGUCACUCCCAUGCUGAAUCCAUUUCUCUAUAGUCUGAGGAACAAAGACAUAAAAGAGGCUCUAAGUGUUCUCCUAGGCAAAGAAAGAAGAACACAUCACUUUUCUUGA